AUGGCGGCCUCACAGCAAGAAUUGAAUGCCCUUCGGGAGCGCCUCGAAAAGGUCGUCAGCGAUGCAAAGGUGAUGUUCGAUCAGAUACGCAACGAAGCAAGCAGCAGAACAGCGGCUCUCGAAACCGCAGCGGCCUCCCAGGACACGAAGAUCGACACCAUGCAGCGCACAAUCGAUACUUUGAAGCAAACAGUCGACGAGCAAUCAGCCGUCAUUCGAAAACUAGUGACCGGCAUCAAGCUCCGUGGCCAAAUCCGCAUCAAUGGCCAACUCGACCGUGGCGAUCCUGACAUCAGCCAUACUGUCGAGACCACCACUGUCGACUGCACCAAGCCCCAGCAGAUGCUGAAGCUGCUGAACAAUCUCGCCAAAGAUGAAUACCAUAUCGCCAUCGCGCAGCAAUACCCGCGCACUCACGCAAAUUUCUGGCGGGCUGUGUGGAUCGAGCUGUACACUAAAGACGGCAAUUUCACAAUUCUUUCUUCGGCGGACGAGGAGGCAUGGUCGCGAUGGGUACUUCGUUGCAUCGAGGAGGGCUCUGAGUGUCUGGAGGUGAUGUUUAGGAUCUGCAUUGCGAAGGGUCCGAAUACGUUGAAGCCGUUGAAGACGGGUGGCGCGUUUACGGGGAAGGGUGCUUCGAUGUAUGAUGAUUGUAUUCCUUUCUUCUGA